GAAAUGGUAUUCAGAUGGCGAUGUUGUAGAUUCUCAGAUGGCGCAUAAGUUUGUUUAUAGUUACUUGAAGGAAAGUUAUAAUAUGCUGUCAAAGUGCGGAACGAAGUUUUCUAACGAUAACCAAAAUCGGUGGAAGUGUGUUCAACAUGGAUAAAUUAUCGAAGCCGCAAAUUAUCUGUCACAUCGAAAAAUCGGUGGAUUAUUCACUGUUCGAUGCGAAAUGGAUACCGUGCAGCGCGAAAUUUGUGGUUAUGGGCUCUCGACCUCGUGGUACCGGCAUCAUACAGAUCUACGAGGUAUCGAGCGGCGAGUUGAAGCUCAUCAAGAAUGUAGAGAGGUCCAACCAGAUGAAAUGCGGAACAUUUAAGGCUUCCAGUCUGCGGGACAGACAUUUAGCUACUGGUGAUUUCAAGGGUAAACUGAAUAUCUACAAUUUAGAGGAUCCGUCGAUACCGGUUUAUACAGCUAAUGCUCACACGCAAAUCAUAAAUGCCAUUGAUGGAGUAGCCGGCACUAGUAUCGGGUGUGGUGCGCCAGAACUGGUGACUGGAUCCAGAGAUGGGAGUGUCAAGGUGUGGGAUCCCAGACAAAAGGGCCGACCGGUGGCUAUUAUGGAGCCUAAGGAAGGAGAAACCCGACGAGAUUGUUGGUCCGUUGCGUUCGGCAAUUCUUACAAUUCCGAAGAGAGAGUAGUAGCUGCGGGAUACGACAAUGGUGAUGUCAAAAUGUUCGACUUGAGGGCGAUGUCAGUGAGGUGGGAGAGUAACCUGAAAAACGGAGUUUGCGGUCUUGAGUUUGACAGAAGAGACAUCCCUAUGAACAAACUGGUCGCCACUACACUGGAGUCCAAAUUUUAUCUCUUUGACCUGAAGACGCAGCAUCCCAAAAAGGGCUUUGCCUAUCUUGUCGAAAAGGCGCACAAAUCGACGAUAUGGUUGGUAAAACAUCUGCCACAAAAUCGUGAACUAUUCGCGACGUGCGGCGGCGGAGGAACGAUCUGCCUUUGGAAAUAUAAUUAUCCGGAGAAAAGAAAAACUGCAGACGUCGACGGAAUCGAACAGGGUGUUGUAGGCAACGUCAGUUUGCUGCAGAACUCUACGCUCUCGUCGCAACCCAUCAGUUCCUUAGAUUGGAGCCCAGACAAGCAAGGACUCGCCGUCUGUACAUCGUUUGAUCAAUGUCUGCGCGUUAUCAUCACUACGAAACUGAACACGUAUUGAUUAAACAGCAGUAAAUAUUGUAAAUAAGUUUGUACUAUAGUGAGUCGACGUUUACUUUGAAAUUGUAUGUUGCGUUUACGAUAGCGGAUAAAAAAGUUCCCAAUUUAUUUUAUAUCACCAAAUAGAAAUAAUAAAAAAGAAAAUGCUAAGAAA